ACAUUACAAAUGACCAAAUAUAGAAGCCAAGGCAGCAAUUAUUUAAUCACUGUGUCCAUUGACAAUUUAGUUACAGUUACUAUAGCUGUGAGUACUUAGACUAUACACAAUGGCUAAAAAAGAAGAUACAGAAGGACUUAAAUAUAUUACAGAUGGAGUAAAACACCUAGAUGUACAAGCAUCAGAUGUACUUAUACAUGUUAUCAAUGUCGGGCAGGGUGACUCAAUAUUGGUGGAAGUAGGUAUGGUAGAUUCGAAGAAGUUCUACCUUGUAGACGGAGGUCUUACAUGUAGUGAUACACCACCAUACACCAACUUGGAAAUAACUCUGCGUGAGAAGGGACUCCUGAUGAAAAAGGAGACAAAAAGAGAGACGGUUCUCCUAGAUGCCAUCAUCAUAACACACCCUGAUGAAGAUCAUUUGGGCGGGGUCAACAAGCUUAUUGCCAACUACACCAUCACAUGCCCAGUUAUAACAACGGAAGCAACGAUGCUGACAAAAGCCAAUUUGACAUAUGACGAACCAGGCCUUCCUGAAGAAGUCAAACUAAUGUUCCCAACGGCACGUCGAAGAAUAUACAAAGAUAUCACAAAUAAGACAGAGAUAAUGAAAGAUCCAAAAUUUUUUCCAGAGCCCAAGGACAAAAGUAACAAAAGUAACAAAAGUAGUAUCCUGUUUGCUGUUGUUGGAAGUGUUCUUCUCACUGGGGAUUCUACUGGCCAACUCAUCAACGAAGCAACCGGACUAGGCAAAGAACUAGCAGAAACGCAAAAACUACGUGUCUUUCAAGUUCCACAUCAUGGCAGUGAAGCUAACAGUUUCAUACCAUAUGAAGCAGCAAAGAAAAUCCCUAGCACUGACCCCCUACAUGCCCUAAAGGGUAAACAUGAUGCAUACAAAUAUGCUCUGUUCUAUAGGGGAAUCAAGGCACAUACAUAUUUUGUAUCACACGGUGAUCACGGACUAUUUCAACACCCACACAGAAAUGUCAUUACAGGCAUUCUUUUAGCUGCUGUCACAGAAGAAACGAAUUGUGAGCUAGUUGUUACUGGAACUUUCCAUCAAGACAAGAUCAACUAUCCCACGGAAGCCAAGUUCCCAGGCUUCCCCCGGAAUUGGGAAGACUAUGUAACAAUACUGGAUCCUGAAAAUGGAGACAAAACUCCAUAUAUUACCAUUGGUAGAGAAGGACGUCCUCCCAACACUAAGAAAUGGGAGCCUGAACCAGCAGCAAGGCCUACAAGGGCAAAGCAGCCAGCUAAACAUGAUUGAGUGAGAGUGUGGAAUGCAAAACAAAGCAAGAUACCCUUUAAUAUAUGUAACUGUCAUGUACACAACGACUCAGUAGUAGCUAGGCACAACACAAGAUACCCUUUAAUAUAUGUAACUGUCAUGUACAUAACUAGAGCACUACCCAGUAGUAGCUAGGCACAACAAAGCAAGAUACCCUCAUUUAUGCAACUGUCAUGUACAUAACUAGAGUACUAAUUUAAAAGUGCAAACUUUCGGUUGGUGACAUGAUAAUAAAGAAACCAGAGGAGUGAUUGCCAAGCGCCUUAGCGCGAGGCAACUAAUACUGCAUCGUAUCUCAGAAAACCUUUGUAUGUUAUAGUUAUAACACGGGCACAAGGGAUGUAUGGAAUAUAUUGCACUGAAGCACGAGGGCGUAAGCCCCGAGGGCUGAGUGCAAUAUAUUCCAUGCAUCCCGAGUGCACGUGUAAUAACUAGUUUAUAUCCCGAGGGCAUAGCAACAUAACACUGUCUUAGUAACACAAUAUAAAC